UUUUUUCAAAUAUUUUUGUAAUUUUUGCUAACUCUGCUAAAUUAUAAAAUUGAAACUCAUGGAUUCAUAUCAAUUAAUAUGGUCUUUAGCUUGUAUUUUCAUCUCUGUGUUUAUAAAUACUGUAUCCCCUGGUGCCAACGACCUUCACCUACAAGAUGGAUCGUCAACAGCAGAUAUAAUCGCUGGGGAUAUAUUCUUUGAGAUACUGGAUCCACCACAGCUAAGAUACACAUACAGAAUUAGACCUGCAAAAGAUUUUGGUUCUCAGUUUAAUGACAGCACAAGCUUUCGUCAUGCUCGUCUUGUGCCCACUGAGCCUCUCGACAGCUGCUCAGAUAUUGUGAAUGUGGACGACAUUGUUGGACAGGUUGCCUUGGCUGAAAGAGGAGAGUGUUCGUUCGUGUUCAAAACGGCGAAAGCGCAGCAGGCGGGCGCGCGCGCGGUCAUCAUCACCGAGUCCAUAGACAAGUGGGACGACGAGCUCGACCAUCUCAUAGAGAUGAUGGACGAUAAAAUGGACAUAGAAGUGAACAUCCCUGCCGGUUUCCUUCUGGGUCGGAGCGGUGGUGCCAUCCUGCGCACUCUGAAGGAGCAGAAGAAGAGAUACGCCGUCAUCAACCUGCCCGUCAACAUGACAUACACACCUUUAAUAAAAAUGAACCAACCCCCGUGGAUCGCGUGGUGAUCGCCUCGGUAAUAGGAGAGUUAUUUAAUUAAAGGCCGAUUUUUCCAUGGUCAGAUAAAAUUUAUCUGGGGAAGGGAAUUAUUUUGAUGCUGUCAAGUCUGAAUGUUUGUGUUUGACAGUGACAGCAACAAUUUUAGUCCUCAGAUAACAUUAAUCUGACUAUUGAAAAAAUAGCCCUAAAUUGCCAUAUUUCAGUAGGACAUCGUGAUUGCGUAGCGCUUAAUCAAAUUAACUCUAUUCUAAUUACUAUUUUGCAUUUGGUACACUACAAUGCAGUACUGCUUGCUCUAUUUGCCCAGUAGACUAGACACUAGAUCCCUUAAAUUCCAUUGUAUGGCGCCACUAGUAGCAUGCCAAAUGUUAUGUUUUAUGUUCUCACAAGAUGACGCAAUCAUGUUGACCCAGUGAUGUCUAGGCCUUAAAUUAAGUCUAGUUUUACAUGAUCACAAUACCUCAAAAAGCAAUGGUAAAGUAAAAUGUUUAAUGGCAAUAAAUGACAUUGAUAAAAAUUACCGACAUGCCUUACCUUAUAACUCAUAAUAAAUAAUAAUAUACACAAAAGUUCAGUAAAUAUUGAACUAGACUUGUUAUGGGUGUCUUCAUUUUAAAUUGAGUCAUACCUACAGUCUCACCCGAGUCUAUGAUUGAUACACUUAUUAUUAUUACGCCUGCCUAGAACGGUUCAACUGUAAAAACUGUAAUUUACGAUAUAAGUAUAAUUAUUAAUAACACCAAUUUUGCAAUCCAUGUAUUUCAAUCGAACCAAAAGUAAAUUGUUAUAUUCGCUAUUAUGUGAAAAAUAGAGUUAAGAUAUUUAUUAAAAAAAUAUAUAUAAUAGUAUUCUAGUACGGCUAGUAAUGUUUCGUAAGUUAUACCUAGCACGCCUUAAAUACAUUAUAUUUAAAACA